GGGUUAAAGGUGACUUUGUGAACUCAAAUUUUAAAGAUGGCGAAGAAAAAGCGUGGAGCGGUGGGUGCUUCUUCGGCGAAAGUGAGGACUAGAAAGGUUUCAGAGAAGGAAAUGCUGAAUUUGGUAGCCGAGUCAAGUGGUGACGAGGACGAAGAAGCUCCAGAAGAAGUAACCUUUGAAGCAGCCAAAGCCGUCGCUGAGCAGAGAGUGAGAAAUGCUAUCGAGAGUGUCAGGAGAGACAAGGAGAAGCUGAAACAAAAGCGAAGGGAGAGACAGGAGCUCUUUAAGGAACAGAAGAAAAGAAAACUUCUUCCUGAAGAUGUGCUAGAAGAAAUUGAAUCCUCUGUCCCUGGAAAGCCCAAGACAUCAGAAGUGCAAGAGCAUGACGAAAGUGGAGAGGAAGGUGAGGAGGACAUCGGCCCAGAGGAUGGAGAGAGCAGGCAGUUUGAGGAAGAGGACACAGAGGUGGAGCAAAAUGAGCAAUGCAGAAUGAAACAAAACUACAAAGUCCAGAGGGUUAAGGAUCAUUCUCUGGCAAAAGCACAGCAAACAAGUGCCUGUGAUUUCAUCACAUCCCGGCUGUAUGGCUCAGGAAGCAACAGAACCACAACAAACCAGCUCCUUUCUCUCCAAAAUAAGACUGCGAAGAACAAAAGGGCAGCUGUGCAGUUCAUCGACAAGCAGUGGGAUUCCAAGGAGAAAGGGAAAGCAGAAUUGUUUAAAAAGAGGUGGAUUCACAAGCAGAGAGCAGAGGCCAACUGAGUAAAGACAAAGUUGCACUGAAGAGCUAUUCCCACUUUUUAUAUCCUGAUCUGCUGAAGAACUGUGGGUUGAACAGACUUUUCACUAACUCUGCCAAGAUCUGCUGCUCACUUGAAGCCUUGACUUGAGGAUCUAUGGGAAUUCUCGGUACCUGAAAAGGGUCAACCGAUUUCUUUUAAAGCUUUCUUUUCAAGUAAGGUUGUUAAAAUGUUGAGUUUUUUUUAAUGCAACUGUGAAAGCAGUGUAUACAUACAAUAUUUAAUUCAGGAGUGAGCACUGUGAGAAUUUUACAUGAGGAUUCCACAUAUGACAGUUCAAUACAUAAAUUAAAAAUUACAAAAUAUUUUUUUUACCCAUCAACCAAAAGGCAACAAAGUUAGAAUUAAAAACAUUUAGCAGGCUUUUUUGAUUGCAUCACAGAGCAUGGGUUUUUUUAAAGAGUUUUGGUUAUGGUGACUAAAAAACUAUUGUGAUUGCAAUGAAAACAUUUUUUAGUUAUGCAUUUUACAUUUGUGAAUAUCAGAUUAGUAUUAAUACAAUAUGCAUUGUAUUCAUCUGCUCUUUCAUAUUGGAACAAAACUAACUUUGUAGAAGUAUAUGCUCACAGCAAAGCAUCUCACCUGAUUCCACAAAGAAUUUGAUGAGCUUAAUGGGUUGCAGACUUAUUAAAUCAAACACAGGUUUGAACAUUAUGCUUAGAUGAAUAAUGCCUUACUUAAAUCACACUUUCCUGGACACCCUAUUCACAGCGCUUCAUUCAGUGGGGACUCUCGAUCACCACCAAGGUAUAGCACCACAUGGAUGGAAUGAAUGAUGAGAGAACAGCUUUAGCCUGCCAGUACACUCACUCAUCAGCUAUCAGGAGAAUAGUUUAGUAAUGAAGCCAAUUUAAGUUAGAGUGUAUAACACUUCAUUGCAUGGUUGCAAAUUGUUUAACAUUAGAAAAAUGAUUCACAGCCUUGAAAACUAAAAGCAGAUGGACACUGUGAUAUUAAACUAACUGCCUCAUGUUUCCCAUAACCAAUAAAUGUGUGAUUUACAUUAAACAUAACUCAGGGUUAGUGUACUUUAGCCCAGGAAAAUUAUGGAAUUUUGGUUAUAUCCAGAAUAAAAGAUAUUGAAUGGAAUCAUUUAAGAAGAAGGUUAUGAAUUACAUUCUUGUAGCACAUAAGAACACGCAAAACCUUGUGCAUUGUUUUAUCACUUUCAUUAUCAAUAAUGAAAAGUAUGGAAAAUAUGAUUUUGCAGCCCAUGCAUUUUCAAGAUGUUACAUCUGGAAAUUGCUUUGUACUCUACACACCAAAACCCAUUAUGACAGCACUGGUACAACAUUAUGAUUAAUGAAUCCAAACCUUGAAAAAAUAAAGAAGUUUCCCUUAUUUCAAA